GGCACCCACUGGGUCGAGCUGUUGAUGUACAGAUCUAUCUUUAUGUAUAAUAUUGGUUUCAGGAGUACCAGGGCAUUUCUAUUUGGCCAUCCCGCAUAUUCUCACCUCUCCGAGCUAUCGCCCUGACUGGCAUCAACAGCUGGCACUUUUCGACCACUUCACUCCCUUCCACUUACCCUCCGACCAUACGCCAUCCUCCCUCGCAGUUACCUGUCCUCUUCACUCCCACGGCCUCGUCCGUAUACAUCGGCUGGCCCGAAUCGCCGCCUUUCAUGUCAUUUCCCCCGCCCCACGGCGUGCCUUCAUUCACAAGCUCCCAAGGAUCCCAAGACGACACAUUUUGGCGACAGAAGAACGGUCAUGGCCAUUCAAGAAGCAGAGUCUCGGACGCGGUCGCUUCCAAGUUCAACGACCUCUUUAUAGAAGAGAAGGGUUUGCCAAUGUACAAAGAUAAACCACACUUCCCUUCUAAUCGACGGGGAGGUACAUUCCAGCGGAAAAGAGUCUGGUCUUUAAUAGCACUCUUGUCGAUACUUGCCUUAUGGUGGACUGGAUUAUUACCCGGCUCCUCCCCGAGACCGGUUUGGGACCCAGCAGAUCACCAACAUACAUCCUUAAACCAUGAGAACUGGGAGGAGCAGAGGGAGGCCGUGAAAGAAGUGUUCAAAACGACAUGGGAGGGUUACGAGACCUUCGCUUGGGGCAUGGAUGAAUUUUAUCCUCUGUCGCGGAGAGGCAAGAACAUGGUGGAGGGAGGGAUGGGUUGGAUCAUAGUCGAUGCGUUGGACACGGCCAUCAUGAUGAACUUGACCGAAGAAGUCGCCAGAGCAAGGGAAUGGAUUUCCACUUCACUCAAAUACAACGCCAACCACGAUGUUAAUACCUUCGAAACCACCAUUCGCAUGCUGGGAGGUUUGCUGUCUGCCCAUUAUCUAUCAACCACGUUCCCCCAUCUGGCCCCUCAACGAGACGACGACUUCAAUCAGCCCGGGGAGGAUUUGUACAUCGAGAAAGCCACUGAUCUCGCCGAUCGACUCCUGGGAGCCUACGACAGUGCCUCCGGCAUCCCCUACUCGUCCGUCAACUUGAAUACUUCUCAAGGUUUGAUCAACCAUCUCGAUGGAGGUGCCUCAUCUACCGCCGAGGCGGCGACUUUACAGCUCGAGAUGAAGUAUCUAGCCAAGUUGACCGGCGAACCCGUCUACUGGGAGAGAGCCGAGAUGGUCCUCAAAGCCAUUGAAGCCCAGAAGAGAGAAGAUGGUUUAGUCCCCAUAUACAUCUCUCCCGCUACAGGCGCAUUCCGCGGCGAAAACAUUCGCUUAGGGUCUCGAGGUGAUAGUUACUACGAGUAUCUCAUCAAACAAUACCUCCAGACAGGAAGGGUCGAGACCGUGUAUCUGGAUAUGUGGGAAGAAGCACUCGAAGGAGUCAAGAAGCAUUUAAUCACCUAUUCCAAGCACUCAUCCCUGACCAUUCUUGCCGAGAGGCAGAAUGGCCUCCGACACGCGCUCACACCGAAAAUGGACCAUCUUGUCUGCUUCAUGCCUGGCACGAUCGCACUCGCCGUGACGUCGGGGGAAACAGUUGCAGCCGCAAAGGCUCGACUGGGUUCCAGCUGGACCAAGGUUCACGAUGAAAACUUGCGUCUUGCCGAGGAACUGAUGAAGACUUGCUGGGGAAUGUACAAAGUCACACCGACUGGUCUGGCCCCGGAGAUCAGCUACUUCCACAUCGACGACCCACCUCGCCAGUGGGAAGGCCAUCUUGACCCAAACUGGUCGCCUCCCACUUCCGCCGACCUCAGCGAUGCCGCAGAUGCCGAGUGGCGACUGGACUAUGACAUCCAUGACAACGACGUGCACAAUUUACAACGACCGGAAACGGUGGAAUCGCUGUUCUACAUGUGGCGCAUCACCAAGGACAUCAAGUAUCGACAAUGGGGAUGGGCAAUGUUCGAAGCAUUUCGCGAACACACCAAAGUCGUCGAUGACAUCCACGGUCAUAUCUACGCGUAUACAUCGCUCGACACAGUCAUGGAGAACCCGGUCAAACCCCGCAAACGUCGAGACAACAUGGAGAGUUUCUGGUUGGCCGAGACGUUGAAGUACUUCUACCUCCUUUUCUCAGACGACGACAUGUUUCCUCUCGACAAGGUCGUCUUCAACACCGAAGCUCAUCCACUGCCCGUUUUCGACAUCAAGGGAAGUAAAGUCUUCAAGACCGGUUGGGAGAGAAGUAAUGAAAUACCAGCGUCUGAGUCAAAAGAGGAUCUUGGUGGUCACACUGCAGGCGAAUUCGUCCAACACCGCAAUGUACGCUUCGACGAUGGUGGAGCGCGAUUCGAUGCCGAUGGAAACCCUCUCCGAGCAACACCGCCAGAUUUCAAACUUAAACAGCAAAACGACCUUGACAAUGUUAAUAAUGGUAAUGGUCAUGGUAAUGCCGAUGCCGAUACCGACCUCACUCAUGAUCAAGAUCACGACCAUGACGAUACCCUCGAACAUGGCCAUAUCGAACAAAGCGGCAUCGAUCAACCGCACGAAGAUCAUUCAUUGCUAGAAGCAUUCAGUAAGGGGUUCGGCAAGAAGUCGGAUCCUGUUGCAGACAUUAAUGUCGACUGAGUGAAUGGGAUAGAUCAAGUCGAGGAAAAGAUGGUUAGUUUGAGUUUGGGUAGCUAGUUAUUGACGCAAGCAUGGAUACCGACCUUUUGCAUUAAGAAUCCCAUACUAUAGGGAAGGGGCUGGUGGAAGGUGAUAAGGGGGAAAAGAAAGCAUCAAGAACAACAAAGAGAAGUUGGUGAAUUGUCUAUCACAUCAUUUGGAUUAUGGGGUUGUUAUUUGGGACACCAGAGCAUGUUUGGCAAGGAUUGUAUAUCACCUUGUGCCAUGAGAUAGAUGCUCAGGCUAUAUCCACUGUAUGAAAGAUGAAAAACAGAG